AUGGCCGAAAAUAAUAACUCAACCUACCAAGGCCUCAAGUUCGUCCAAUACACCGGAGAAGAGCACAAGGAGCUCCUCAAGCAACUCAUGGCCGACGACGAAAAGAAGGCCAAGGAGCGCACACUCGAAGGCAAAGAUCUCAUCGAAAUCCUCGUCACCUCCCGCGAAGAAGCCCUCUCCGAGCUCGCCCACUUCCAGAUCCGCACCAACAAAAUCGCCCUAGCCAACAAGCACGAAGUCGACGAGCUCCGCAUCAAUAUCUCUCAAGCCUACGACAUGGCGCACCUGAGCUACGCCCAGGCUCAGGACUACUACAAUCACAUUGAUUACUAUCGAAAGGAGAGCGAGCGCAAGGACGCCGUCAUUCAGCAGUCGCAGCACGAGUUGGUGACUGUGCAGUCGCAACUCUUCCAGAAGACGCGGGAGGUGGCCGACCAGCAGAAUCAGUUGAACGAGGCUGUGGCUAAGAAUAAUGAGCUUCUUGCUCAGUUGGAGGAUCUUCGCGAGAAGGUUGACAGAAUUGUGAGAGCUUCAGGGGUUCCCUCUCCCUCUCCUUCGAUCGGCUACGAUCGAGAGCGCAGCAUGACGUAA